GAGACAAACAUCUUUAAAAAAGCGUAGACAUCUGGUUCAGCUCCUGUUUCAGAGGUUUCAGCACUGAUCAUUUGGAUUUGCUUUAGCCUGCAGCAGCACAGGCUGGGUGGUGUGGGGUAAAUAUGUUCUUCUCUCGGUAGACUUGGCUGUGAUGUGUCUGUCUUCUUGUGUACCAUGGACUCUGCCUCUGUGGACCAGAAAGUACUUGUUCAAAAACUUUGUCUCUGCUUGGAGGAACACAGGCACACACAUCAAAAGGACAAAGAAACUCAUAGGAGUCAGUUCUCUCCUUCUACUAUGUGGAUUCUGAGGCUUGAACUCAGGUCAUCAGGCAGCAGCCGCCACAGCUUCCAGCCAGCCACACAGUUGGGAGACAAUGAACCAACAGACUCUACAAGCUGGUGGCAGGAAUUGGAAGGUGGUGGAACCUUUGAAAGAUGGUGGCAGCAGAGCAAGAAGAACAAAACCCUUGAAGAUCUGGACAGGUCUCUGCUGCCUGACCCACCAGAAUGGGAACGGCUUCUACCACCCAGCCCUGUGGCCGUGAAAUCUGACCUCCUGCUCUUCCUCCCCUGUCACAAUGGAUGAAACCAAGAACCAGAGUUGGCAGAGACUCUGUUCUUUACAACUAUUCAUCCAUCAGGCUACCAAAGACCCCACUGUCCCACGUUGUCUGGCUCCCAUAGUCUUCACAAUUACUGCAGAAGAAGGGAGGAGAGGAGAGGAAAGAACUAGGCACCAGCUUUUUAUGUCUCCAGCCAGAAAUGAUAGAGAUCACUUCUGUACACACUUUGUUGGCUAAAACUAACUGCUUGAUCCUAAUCCCACCCAGUUCCAAGGAAACAGAAGAGACAGCUUUCUACUCCCAAAAAGGACAGAAGGAAUGUGUCUUCUCAAGUACAGGCAAUACUGCCCAAGCCUGGCUUAUUUGUGCAUAUAAACCUACAGUUAACACCCUGCCAUUUGUCAUGGGUGUCCUUCCAUGGCUAUUUCUAUUUCUUGUAAGUAGCCAUAUAGCUUAUAGUUGUCAUUGUUAAGUCAAAUCGUGUUGUGCUAGAAUAAUUCCUUACCAUUUAAUGGCUAAUUAUGAGAUCAAUUUGAUUUUAUGAUAAAAUUUUAAGCAAAAGCUUUGCAUGGUUUUUGAAUUAUUGCAUUAUUAUCUUGUUUUACUUCAAAGAGAAAGUUUCUGUGAAAAGUGGGCAUACUAAAAAUGUUCCAUAUCCCUUUGCAAAACUCCCUUCGCUCUCCAGACCUAAAGAACCCUGAGGACGGUGGGACGCAUGCUCAUUUUCCUGUGCUGUUCUUAGGAUGGAAUAUUAAACACCCCUGCUAAUAAAAUUAAUACAAAAUUGUGCUUGUUUUAAUUGCUCUGUUGUCUUUAAUCACAAUAAAGAGAAAUACAAUGUAUUUAUUAG